UUGGAAGUGUCUCCUUACGAGGACAAAGAUGACAGCGAUCGAAAUGAAGGUCAUUCAGCUGCUGUGAAAUUUCGAAUCGACGCAGCACAGCAAGCGUACAUCCAAGACGUGAGCUAUCACACAUCACAACCAGAUCGUCACGAACAAGAAGUCCAUGAACGCAGGCAGGCUGUCACACGACAACUGAUCAAGUCCAAUCGAAAGAUGCAGACGUUGAACACACGAUUCCAGCGACUACUCAAGCAGCAAUGUGUGUUGGACAGCUUCGCCGACAGUCUGAUAGCAAAAAAAGUAUCCAGCCAGACUGCAGACGAAAGCAACACCCACGAGGAUGUUCGACAUGGGAGAGAGAGGUCCAAACGGCGAGUGUGGCGUUCAAGGUCUCUGUCCAGAAAGAGAAAAAUGCAAAAGGAACUUGAGGGAACGAUGCAGUUUAGUGAUAUUCAGUUCCCCAGCCUGCCUCCGAGAACCGCGUUUAUUACCAAUGAAACUCUUCAGCUGAGUCAUAUUGAGGCCAUGCGGAACUUUUUUACCCUCUACAACAACCAAACACAACAACUUGAUGAAGAUGUAAAUGUGGUUAGCGAGGCACUGGAACAAUGUCGAGUGGAGAUUGAAGACCUGGAGGCGCAACUUGAUCAGCUGUCAAUCUGUCAUGAUUUGGUCUCAUCC